CCGCGAAGCUGUCCAGCCUCAGUGCCGGAACCGGCCGCCUCCCGCGCGCCGUGCCGCGCCGCCUCCGCGCCUCGUCCCCGUGCAGCCCGCCGCCCGCUCGCCGGCCCCUCCCCGCCCCGCCGCGGCCCGUCCACUGCUCCUCGCGGGCCCGAGCCGGCCGAGCGGCUGCCCGCCGGGGCUCUGCACGGCGCGGCGGGGCCGGGACCAGGCGCCCGCCAAGGAGAGCGGCGGUCCAGGACGGCUGCCGGAGGGGCAGCCGCGCGUGGAUGCAGCGGGCGCCAGGAGCCUCGCGCAGCCGGUGCCGUCUCUGCCCCCGGGCGCCCUAUGGCUUGAAGAGCCUGGCCAUCCAGUGGCCCCGCCGCCCCGAUGGAUCCCCUCAAUCUGUCCUGGUACGAUGAGGAUCUGGAGAGGCAGAACUGGAGCCGGCCCUUGAACGGGUCAGAAGGAAGAGGGGACAGGCCCCACUACAACUACUACGCCAUGCUGCUCACGCUGCUCAUCUUCGUCAUCGUCUUCGGCAACGUGCUCGUGUGCAUGGCCGUGUCCCGCGAGAAGGCGCUGCAGACCACCACCAACUACCUGAUCGUCAGCCUUGCCGUGGCCGACCUCCUCGUCGCCACGCUCGUCAUGCCCUGGGUUGUCUACCUGGAGGUGGUGGGCGAGUGGAAAUUCAGCAGGGUUCACUGUGACAUCUUCGUCACGCUGGAUGUCAUGAUGUGCACAGCAAGCAUCCUGAACCUGUGUGCCAUCAGCAUCGACAGGUACACAGCUGUGGCCAUGCCUAUGCUGUACAACACACGCUACAGCUCUAAGCGCCGAGUCACCGUCAUGAUCGCUAUCGUUUGGGUCCUGUCCCUCACCAUCUCCUGUCCGCUGCUCUUUGGCCUCAACAAAACGGACCAGAAUGAGUGCAUCAUCGCCAACCCCGCCUUCGUGGUCUACUCCUCCAUCGUCUCCUUCUAUGUGCCCUUCAUCGUCACCCUGCUCGUCUACAUCAAGAUCUACAUCGUCCUGCGCAAGCGCCGUAAGAGGGUCAACACCAAGCGCAGCAGCCGAGCCUUCAGGGCCAACCUGAGGGCCCCGCUCAAGGGCAACUGUACCCACCCCGAGGACAGGACACUCGGCACGGUUAUUAUGAAGUCUAAUGGGAGUUUCCCAGUGAACAGGCGGCGAGUGGAGGCUGCCCGCCGAGCCCAGGAGCUGGAAAUGGAGAUGCUGUCCAGCACCAGCCCACCCGAGAGGACCCGGUACAGCCCCAUCCCGCCCAGCCACCACCAGCUGACCCUCCCUGACCCGUCCCACCACGGCCUCCACAGCACCCCCGACAGCCCUGCCAAACCGGAGAAGAAUGGGCACGCCAAAGACCACCCCAAGAUUGCCAAGAUCUUUGAGAUCCAGACCAUGCCCAAUGGCAAAACGCGGACCUCGCUCAAGACCAUGAGCCGCAGAAAGCUCUCCCAGCAGAAGGAGAAGAAAGCCACCCAGAUGCUCGCCAUCGUUCUCGGCGUGUUCAUCAUCUGCUGGCUGCCCUUCUUCAUCACCCACAUCCUGAACAUACACUGUGACUGCAACAUCCCGCCCGUCCUGUACAGCGCCUUCACGUGGCUGGGCUACGUCAACAGCGCCGUGAACCCCAUCAUCUACACCACCUUCAACAUCGAGUUCCGCAAGGCCUUCAUGAAGAUCCUACACUGCUGAUCCUGCGCCCGCCUGCCCGGCAGCCUGCUCCCCCUGCCCAGGCUGCCAGGCCUCUUCCCUCCCCGCCGUGGGCAGGAAGGCCAGGGGUAGGCUCAGCCUUCUCCCCAUCCCGGCAGGCCCUGCAGUGUUAGCUUGGCUCCGUGCCCCUCUCUGCCCACAUGGCCCCCACCCUGCCAGGUAGGGCGAGGGGGCUGGGCCCCUGGCACAGGGGCAGCUCUUGGCAUCCUCCUACCACCGGUCCCCUGUUUCCUCGGCACCAAAGAUGCAGCCAUCUUCCUUGGCCUUCUCUGGGACUCCGGGGUCGCCGGGACGAGAGGCAGGGCUGCAGGGCUGCAGGGCUGAGUGCUGUGUGUUAUAGGGCCCAGCCUGGUCUGUGCAGGAGCAGGCGGUGGGGAGACAUGGACAGCUCACGCCCCACAAGGCGUACUCUGGGGAAGCAAGAGCUCUGCCAAGGCUCCAGGCAGCAGGAACCCUAGGGAAGCCCAAGCUGAAAUCAAGUCCCUGCCCCACCCCCUCGUAGCUGCCCUCACCUCGAGGGGCCCCACAAGGGUCUGUGGGGAGAGGAGCUCCUACUGAUGCUCUCUGCUACCCACUGACAGCCCUCAGAAACCCCCCUUCCCACAGCAAAUGCAGGGCAACUUGGGGCAGGCAGGGACUUGGACCUGGGACCCACGUGAGGGCCUGGGCUGGCGGCGUCUGAGGUUCACGGGGCUCCUGCCACACGCUGAUGCAAAACCACUCUCCUCCUGUGGCCCUUCCGGUUCCUUCUGGCCUCUUCUCUCCCCUUCCCUUCCCUUCCACUGCCUCUGCCUUAGAGGAGCCCACGGCUAAGAGGCUGCUGAACACAUUUGGCCUGGCCUGGCCCUGCCCUGAGGGAGGAGGAGGGGAGGCUGCAGCUUGGGGGGGAGCCCCGGGCCCCAGACUCUGUAACAUCACUACACAUGCACCAAACGAAUAAAACUUGGACCAGAGUCGCUCUCGACAGGGGUGCAGGGGCCGUGCUGCCGCAUCCUCAGCGUUCAGGCGUGGCCAGGUUCCUGUGUGCGGCAGGUGUCCCUGCGUCUCCAGGCCUCAGUGCUUCUGAAGGGCCAGUCCUUUGCCUCUCUGCCCCACCAGGCAGAGGUGGAAAAAGUAGCCCUGCAAGUGCCACUUUCCUGUGCCGGCUUUGUCCCUGUCGCGUCUUCUGUCUGCCGUCAGACCCCUUUGCUCUGGGGCCAGCUGGGGGAAGCAGGUGAGGCUGAGCGCUGUGGCCUGGGCAGCUCUUUCUGCUCUUGGCCUCCUGGCCACUCAGCAGCUGCAAGCCUCCUGGGCUCCAACGUGGAAGUGCCCAGACGGCAAGACUUGGGCUUUGUAAAGAUGAAACAUCAGUCGUCCACCUGGCGAAGCAGCGCCACUCCUGCCACCUUGAGAACAGCAGUGGUGACAAACAAGGUGGCGGCUCCCACGGGC